GCCGUGCGGGACAGGAGCGGCGGGAGAUAACGGGAUUUACCCGGGGCUCGGCGGGCUCCUGGGGGAAGGGGAGGGCCGGAGCACGGCCGGCGGGAAGGGGAGGGCCGGGAGGCGGCUCCUCGUGGCUCUCGGCGGCGGUUUGAAGGCGCGGCGGGCCGGUGGAAGAUGGCGCUGAGCGGGGCGGGAUGAGCGGCGGGCGGCAGCGCACUCUGCCGCAGGUGUGGCGGGUCCCUCACGGCAGAACCGAGCCCGGGGACUCCGCUAACCACAGCGAUGACGAGCUGCUGCUGGCAGCCGCGGCCGCGGCCGAUCCCAGCCCGGUKCGGGGGUUCAGCGAGGCGGCGGGCUCCAUCUGGAUCUACCCCACCAACCUGCCCGUGCGCCCGUACCAGGAGCGCAUGGCCGGCGCCGCGCUGCUCGCCAACACCCUGGUGUGCUUGCCCACCGGCCUGGGCAAGACCUUCGUGGCCGCCGUGGUCAUGUACAACUUCUACCGCUGGUUCCCGUCGGGGAAGGUGCUGUUCCUCGCCCCCACCAAGCCGCUGGUGGCCCAGCAGAUGGAGGCGUGCGGCCGCGUCAUGGGCAUCCCGGCCCGGGACAUGGCGGAGAUGACAGGAGGAACGCAGGCUCUGGGCCGGCGGGAGCUGUGGAAUACCAAGAGAGUUUUUUUCCUCACACCUCAGAUCAUGGUCAAUGACCUCUGUCGUGGCACCUGUCCKGCUAUGGACAUCAAAUGUUUGGUUAUUGAUGAAGCCCACAAAGCCCUUGGCAACCAUGCCUACUGCCAGGUUGUGAGGGAGCUGAGCAAGUACACAGAGCAGUUCCGUGUCCUGGCCCUGAGUGCCACCCCAGGCAGUGACACCAAGGCUGUGCAACAAGUUAUCUCCAACCUGCUGAUUGCUCAGAUAGAGGUGUGUGCUGAAGACUCUCCAGAAAUUCAGCCUUAUUCUCACGAGAGACUAGUGGAAAAAAUUGUAGUUCCACUUGGGGAAGAGCUGGUUGAAAUUCAGAAUACCUACAUCAAGGUGAGUGGCUGAAUUUCCUUUUUUUCUCAAUGGCCAGUGACAGUAAAUGU